AUGCCCAGCCUCCACCAGAACCCAGCUGUGCCAAUCCCCACGCCCAGCCUCCACCAGUACCCAGCUCGGCCAAUCCCCGCGCCCAGCCUCCACCGAUACCCAGCCCCACCCACACCCAGCCUCCACCAGUACCCAGCCCCGCCCAUGCCCAGCCUCCACUGGUACCCAGCUGUGCCAAUCCCCGAGUCCAGCCUCCACCAGUACCCAGCUCUGCCGAUCCCCAAGUCCAGCCUCCCCCAGAACCCAGCUCCGCCAAUCCCUGCGCCCAGCCUCCACUGCCUCCACUGGUACCCAGCUGUGCCGAUCCCCGAGUCCAGCCUCCACCAGAACCCAGCUGUGCCGAUCCCCGAGUCCAGCCUCCACCAGUACCCAGCUGUGCCGAUCCCCGUGCCCAGCAUCCCCCAGUACCCAGCUCGGCCAAUCCCUGAGCCCAGCCUCCACUGCCUCCACCAGAACCCAGCUGUGCCGAUCCUCGAGUCCAGCCUCCACCAGAACCCAGCUGUGCUGAUCCCCGAGUCCAGCCUCCACCAGUACCCAGCUGUGCCGAUCCCCGCGCCCAGCCUCCACCGAUGUGCCGAUCCCCGUGCCCAGCCUCCACCGGUACCCAGCCCCGCCCACAUCCAGCCUCCACCAGAACCCAGCUCCGCCAAUCCCUGCGCCCAGCCUCCACCGGUACCCAACUCCGCCGAGCUCCAUGCCCAGUCUCCACCAGUACCCAGCCCUGCCCGCACCCAGCCUCCACCAGAACCCAGCUGUGCUGAUCCCCAAGUCCAGCCUCCACCAGAACCCAGCUCCGCCAAUCCCUGCGCCCAGCCUCCACUGAUACCCAGCUGUGCCGAUCCCCAGUCCAGCCUCCACCGGUACCCAGCUCCGCCAAUCCCUGCGCCCAGCCUCCACUGGUACCCAGCUGUGCCGAUCCCCGAGUCCAGCCUCCACCAGUACCCAGUUGUGCCAAUCCCUGCGCCCAGCCUCCACUGGUACCUAGCUGUGCCGAUCCCCGCACCCAGCCUCCACCAGUACCCAGCUCAGCCAAUCCUGCGCCCAGCCUCCACCAGUACCCAGCUCUGCCGAUCCCCACACCCAGCCUCCACCAGGCUGGCCGGGCGAGGCGGGGACACGGGGCUCCCCAAGGAGACGCUGGCCAGGCAGCUGUCCCUGCCCCACACGUCUCCACGCAGCAGCGCAGGCUGGAGAAGCAGCGUGGGGGAGAUUGCAGCUGGUACCAGCAGGGCUCUGAGCCCCUGGCAGUGCCACCAGGCACAGAAGCACCCUGGCCGGGAUGGGGCUGGAGUUGCCGGGAGCCCCCCCAGCCAGCACCUGCCCCAGCCCCCACAGCACCCCGGCCGGGAUGGGGCUGCAGUCACCGGGAGCCCCCCCAGCCAGCACCUGCCCCAGCCCCCACAGCACCCCGGCCAGGACGGGGCUGCAGUUGCCGGGAGCCCCCCCAGCCAGCACCUGCCCCAGCCCCCACAGCACCCCGGCCGGGACGGGGCUGCAGUCGCCGGGAGCCCCCCCAGCCAGCGCCUGCCCCAGCCCCCACAGUGCCCGGCUAGGACGGGGCUGCAGUCGCCAGGAGCCCCCCCAGCCAACGCCUGCCCCAGCCCCCACAGCACCCCGGCCGGGACGGGGCUGCAGUUGCCGGGAGCCCCCCCAGCCAGCGCCUGCCCCAGCCCCCACAGCACCCCGGCCGGGACGGGGCUGCAGUUGCCAGGAGCCCCCCCAGCCAGCGCCUGCCCCAGCCCCCACAGCACCCCGGCCGGGACGGGGCUGCAGUUGCCAGGAGCCCCCCUCAGCCAGCGCCUGCCCCAGCCCCCACAGUACCCGGCUAGGACGGGGCUGCAGUCGCCAGGAGCCCCCCUCAGCCAGCGCCUGCCCUGCGACGCAGAAGGCAGAGACCAGCAGCCCUCUGAGAUGGAGCCGUAUCUCCCCUGCAGCCCUCGCCAGCACAUCCCCCAUCCUGGCCCUCAGUCCCGCUGGGGCAGCCGUGCCGGCCACACUCCUUCGCUGGCCUCAGGUAGCACCCCCUGCUGGGGCCCACAUGUGCAGGGGGCAGCACAGAUCCUGGGGGGAUCCCGCUGA